AUAGUUACUACACCCAGAUCACAACCACACACAUUAUCUUCCAUCCAGAUUUUAACUUGCAUAAGUUACACUCAAACACACAAACAAAUUUACAAUCUCUUACAUGAUCUCCCAGUCAUACUCAGUUAAAACUCUUACAUCAACCUCAAAGUCACAACGGUUAAUCACCUGCCCUUGCACGGUCAUACAAUUCAUGCAGAGACUUGGGUACAGCCACAAACCACUUUCCCAUACUUUGGAUAUCUCACUCAACACCUUGGACAAUAUCAAGUGCAAACCAACUCAUACAUGUGAUCAAGAAUCACAUCCAGAAACACAACCACUUGUUCUCCCAGAUAAAUUUCUUCACAUGGCACUUUGAGAUAGGAGAUUUGCCUCUUCUGGCAGAUAAUCUGUAUUAGUUUCCACCCUUCUCAGUUCUGGUUUCUCAUAGUUAGACCCCACAAUGUUGCUUCACUCCUCUUCCACGCACACACGAAAGAUUCAGGAUCAGCUCCGCCUAGCCCAGGGAUCAGUUUCGUCCAUCAGGGAUACCAGCCUCCUCCCUUCUCAAGACCCGCACCUACCACAGCCAACCCCUCCUGCUAGUCAUAGGUAGACCCAACGCAAACAGCCUCCCACAGAGCGUUACAAACUCACUGCCCGCACGGUCGCGCCACCCAGAAGCAUGCGUAAUCAAUCACAGGUCUCAAAUGCCCCUCGCGCCUAAGCCACGUUAUAAUACACCACUUCACAAUCACUGCGCGCGGCCCCAUGCGGAUAUACAGCACGACCACUAUUUCAAACGGUCUCAAAAACGUUCACAAACUAAUUUCCUCACUCAGACACAGUCGGUGUAACACAUACAUCCUCUCCCUGCCUAUCAAACUCGUCCUCGGCCACUCGCAUCUUCGGACUCAGAAAACACAGGCCGCGUUGCCACCUUACAGACGAAGGCUGGAUCCCUCCACAUCGGAUAACAAUUCUCAAACUACAGCACGUGCGCGUCCACCUUGAGGGGGUAGGGACAGCUACGGUGCCAGGCUUGAAAUCCGCCUUCAGAGAAAUCCGAGGUCCCGAAAUCAGACCCAAAUUUCGGGUCUGAGCCUUGGAAGGGGAGAGGUUGUAGAGUCACUCCAGGCUCGGAGUGAAACUGCGCAGGUGCAUCCCGAAAUGCAGCGGAAGAUUUACCUCUUUCAGCUCCCGGGUGCUUUCCUUUCGGACUACGUUUCCCAGAGGACACAGCGGUUCAAAGCUGCUUCCGGUAGAAACGUUGGCAGAGUGGUCGGCUGCUGAGGCAGGUGAGAGCUUUUUACCCAACCAGCAGAGAGUGCAAGACUAGGCGUGCGGUCUCCUGUGGAAUGCGAAUCAGAAUUUGAACCAGAGCCCUUCCUGAGGAUGAUGAAGCAAUAUUUUUCUUUGCGCUGAGAGUUUCUUCUAAAGUGGAACUAAGAAGAGGACUAAUACAUUGAAUUCUUAAAAACAUGGCCCAUGGGUUGGUGAUGUUCAAAGAUGUAGCUAUAGAUGUCUCUCAGGAGGAAUGGGAAUGCCUGAACCCCACGCAGAGGAAUUUGUAUAAAGAUGUGAUGUUGGAGAACUAUAGCAACUUGGUUUCACUGGGACUUUCUAUAUCUAAGCCAGCUGUGAUCUCUUCAUUAGAGCAAGGGAAGGAACCCUGGAUGGUUAUGAGGGAAGUGACAGGAAGACGGUGCCCAGAAUUGGUGUCCAGGUGUGAGACCAAGAAGUUAUCUCCAAAAAGAGACAUUUAUGAGACAGAACCAUCCCAAUGGGCUAUCAUGGAACAAUUUAAAAGUCAUAACCCUGAGAAGUCCAUUUUCAGAGAUAUUUGGGAAUGCAGUAGUCACUUUGAGACACAACAGGAACAGGAGGGCUAUUUCAGGCAAUUUGUUAUCAACCAUGAACACAUGCCUAUAUUUAACGGACAUACUUUACUCACUCAGGAAUUUUAUAAUAGAGAGAAAAUUUUUGAAUGUAAAGAAUGUAGAAAAAACUUCAGUUACCAUUUAUUUUUUAGUCAUCACAAAAGAACUUAUUCUGAAGAAAAACUUUCUGAAUGUAAGGAAUGUGCAGAAACUAUUAAUACGUCGUAUCUUACUAAACAGAGAAUUCAAAAUAGUAGCAAGUGCAAUGAAUGUAAGGAAUGUUGGAGGGCUUUUCUUCAUUGUUCACAACUUAAACAACACCUGAGAAUCCAUAAUGGUGAAAAACACUAUGAAUGUAAAGAAUGUGGAAAGGCCUUUAAUUAUGGCUCAGAACUUAUUCUGCAUCAGAGAAUUCACACUGGUGAAAAACCCUAUGAAUGUAAGGAAUGUGGGAAGGCCUUUAGGCAGCGAUCACAGCUUACUCAACAUCAGAGACUUCAUACUGGUGAAAAACCUUAUGAAUGUAAACAAUGUGGAAAGGCUUUUAUUCGUGGCUUUCAACUUACUGAACAUCUUCGACUCCAUACUGGUGAGAAACCCUAUGAAUGUAAAGAAUGUGGAAAGACUUUUAGGCAUCGCUCACACCUUACCAUACAUCAGAGAAUUCAUACUGGUGAGAAACCCUACAAAUGUAGAGAAUGUGGGAAGGCCUUUAGCUAUCACUCAAGCUUCUCUCACCAUCAGAAAAUUCAUUCUGGCAAAAAACCUUAUGAAUGUAGUGAAUGUGGGAAGGCCUUUUGUGAUGGCUUACAACUUAGUCUACAUCAGAGGAUUCAUACUGGUGAGAAACCCUAUGAGUGCAAGGAAUGUGGGAAGACUUUUAGACAGUGCUCACACCUCAAAAGACAUCAGAGAAUUCAUACUGGUGAGAAACCUCAUGAAUGUAUGAUAUGUGGUAAGGCCUUUAGACUUCAUUCACACCUUAUUCAACAUCAGAGAAUACAUACUGGUGAGAAGCCCUAUGAAUGUAAGGAAUGUGGGAAGGCCUUUAGCUAUCAUUCAAGCUUCUCACACCAUCAGAGAAUUCAUUCUGGGAAGAAACCUUAUGAGUGUGGAAAGGCCUUUAAUCAUGGCUUGCAAUUUAAUCUACAUCAGGGACUUCAUACUGUUGAGAUGCCAGUAAGGUUUCCUCUCCUUUCUCCCCAUCCUAGUCUAGCAUCAUGAUAUCAUUUUUAGAAAUAUAGGUUUUCCUUUAAUGUAAAAGUUGGUAAAAUAACUGAAUUUCAUUAGUGUUGAUUUAUUUCAGUAAUCCUUGGGAAAAAACUUAAAGUGGAAAAAUGAAAAAGUAAUUAACAGGUAAAAAUUCUUAAUUGCUCUGGUUCAAUUGCUAUUUCUGGGUUGUUAUAACACCCAGUAUUGGAGAUAAUUUUAUAAAGUAGUGUUUUUACUGAAACUAGUGAAAUGUGGCAGAAAUAAAAUCAAAACAAUUUCUUCUCAUUUCACAAAUCCCUGAGAUAGCCAAUAUGGGUGUGUAGCUGUUUCCUGCUCAAGCAUACCUGCAAGGAUGAAGGGUUUAUUGGAUGUGAGUGGAAGGUUAUACCACCUAGAAUGAUAUAUUUCAUGGCAAUUUCUUUUUGCACAAAUAAUUGCAAACAUUUUCUCAGGUGAAUACAUAUAGAUCUAACUCACUGUUUUAAAGCUUUAGAAUAUUUCUAGUAUGGGAUAUAUAUCUGUAUUUUAAGCCAUUUCCUGCUCUAGACAUUCAGUUGUUUCUAAACAUUCUCACAUCAUUCUUUUAUUUCCGUUGGGUAGAUUACCACCCAUGUACAGUGUAAGUAUGUUUUGAUGUUACGUUGAUUUUUUUUUUUUAAUUAAAAAAUUUAGGUAAUAAAAGCACAUGCUACAAAAUUCAAAAGCCAUCAAACAAGUAAAGUAAAAAUUGAAGCUUCCUUAGUAUCUGGUUCUAUAGCCACCUGGUUUACUUACCCAAGGUCAACCAUAGCUGUCAAUUCUUUUGUAUUCUAGGGAUUAACUUUUACACUCGAUCUUAGCCAAAAGGCCGAGAAGCAAUAUAGGGAUUAACUUUUAAAAUUCUUUGGAUGAAAGUGGAUUAAUCAUAAUCUUUUACUCAUGAAAUUCUCAUCGUUGUUCCAAAUUUAGCCCUCUUUCACUUAUUUUCAAUAUUAUUCAGGAUCUACAAACAUUGUGCCAACUACAAACUUUCUUUCUGCUCCAAAUCCUUCAUACUCAGCUCUGCAAUAUUUGAACUCUCUUCUUUUAUGAUAUUAUUUAUUUGAGUUCUCUGUGUUUUUGUUUAAGUCAGACAAGCAAAAGGUUUUUCAACUUUUUCUUUU